AUGUACAGUCAGUUGCGCAAGUCGACGAUCAUGGCCAUCUACACGACCAACUGCACGUUCCUCCUGGCGGCCUACAAGAGCAGGCAGCUGCAGGAGAGACAGUUGCCGCCCGCUCCCACCGCCCCCAGUGCCGCCGCCCAUCAGCUGACGGGUCCCGACAGCGACGACCUCUACGGCCAACUCCUCGAGAACCUCGACUUUUACGAGGCGGACCUGGCCGGCCUCGACGAUUGUGGGAUGGCGGCGCGGCUCACGGCCACGCUCGCCUGGGCGGCCCUCAAGACCGAGGCACACUGGGAGGCCGGGCAGAGGGAUCUCGCGAAACAGAGCGCCCAGCGCUUCGUCAAGGAGGUCGAGAGCUUCCGGUCGGACAUCUGCUCGCUCUCGUGCACGUCGAGCAUGCGAGCCGUGGGCGCGGGGCUUCACGCUCGGGACGCAGAUCACGACCAAGUUCAAGAAUCUGCUGCCGGCCCCACUGCCGACGCAACGAGGCAACAGGCGCAAGUCCUCCAAAUGACCCAGUUGAGUUGA